AUGACGCUUAAUUUGAUAAAACUAUUCGUUGUGUUAUGUCUGUUUUUUGCUAGAAUAGCUACAAGUAAUAUAGACUUUUCAGAAUUCAGAAACACAGAUCCUGAGAUCAUUGAAGAUGCUACUUUGGACACGUUUACCCUCAUAAGGAAAUAUGGCUAUCCCUGCGAAAUACACCGGGUCUACACCGAGGACAAGUAUGUGUUGGAAAUGCAUAGAGUUCCAUAUGGCAAAGAGAAUUCAGUAAGAGAAAAUCGUCCCGUCGUCUUUCUGCAACAUGGCCUCCUUUCUUCAUCAGCCGAGUUUGUUCUCAUGAGACCAGAUAAAGGACUUGCGUACCUUCUAGCCGAAGCAGGCUACGAUGUCUGGAUGGGCAACGCCCGUGGAAACACGUAUUCGCGUAAGCAUGCGUCACUUCAGACCACCUCCUCAGCCUUCUGGAAGUUCAGCUGGCACGAGAUCGGUUACUACGACCUCCCUGCCAUGAUCGACUACGUCAUUAAGGAGACAGGUGUCCAAAAGAUGCAGUAUGUGGCAUUUUCGCAAGGGACCACCGCCUUUUGGGUGAUGACAUCUACCAGGCCUGAGUAUAAUGACAAGUUCACGGCUAUGCACGCGAUGGCUCCAAUUGCUUAUGUCGGGAAUAUACGUAGUCCAGUCAUACGAGCUUUGGCGCCUUUUACCAAUUCCUUGGAGAGAAUUUUGAAACUGAUAGGCGCUAAUGAAAUCCUACCCAACGGAAACUUAAAUAAACUCGCCGGGGAAAAGUUGUGCGUGGAGGAAGCUAUAACUCAAUCUCUGUGCACCAAUCUUCUGUUUCUGUUCUGCGGUUUUGAUGCAGAACAACUGAAUAAAACCAUGCUGCCAGUUGUGAUGGGUCAUACUCCAGCCGGAGCUUCAGCGAGACAAUUCGUCCACUUCGGCCAGCUCUACAAAUCAAAUAGAUUUGCACGCUUUGACCACGGCUGGUGGUCCAAUAGACGCAACUACGGAUCAUUCAGGCCACCCUCAUACAACCUAAGCGCUAUACGCGUACCUAUAUUUCUGCACUAUGCAGAUAACGACUGGCUAUCAUCCCCAAAAGACGUGGACAAACUCUUCAAAGAAGUCAAAAGUGUUGUCGGAAAGUACCGAGUCCCAUUAGACAAGUUUAAUCAUCUGGAUUUUGUAUUCGCGAAUGACGCAAAGACGUUAAUCUACGAUCGAAUAAUAAGGAUCAUGUCACAAUUUUUAUAA